AUUGAAUCACUGAUACAAUCGAAAGCGGCUCUUCCAUGUGCAAAGUGGGCACGUGCAUAAUAUUCUAAAAUUUAGUAUUUCAGUAAUAAUACAGUGUCAAAAUGUAAAUAAAUACGUGAUUCCAAUAUAUUAAACGUUAUUAAUCCAUUAGAAAGCUGUAGAUAUAAGUCUAAAAAUGUCAGUUGUAUCAUCAAGGGUCAGCAGUGUGUCAUCUAUUCUAAAAUCUCCAGGAGUUAGAUCACAACUCAUUCGGAGAUCCAGUAGAGUAUAUUUCAAACUUCCAAAGGAUUUCAAGAAUAUUAUUUACAAUUUUGAAAGUGGUAAUGGCACUAAAGACUAUGAAGAUUUAAUAUGUAUUUUACGUGAUUCAAAUAUAAAGGACUCAGAUUUAAUAGAAUUUCUGGGAAAUGUUAGACAAUGUAUGUCAUUAAUUAGUCCAGCACAUAAAGCAUUCAUAGAAACACUUUUACAAAUAAAAUGGACCAGUCGUUCAUUGGAAGUAACAUCUGCUUACAAAGCCUUUCUAGAAGACUUAAUUUGUAUGCAGAUUCAUUAUGCUAAACAUGUAAUAGAUAAUUUAGUUGAACAAUUUAAACCAGAUGAGGGUGACGAUACCGAAUGGGAAGCUGGAGAGUGUAAGGAAGAGAGUAUCCAAAGGUUAAAUCACAUACAUGACGUUCUUCGAAAGAUUUUAAAUAUUGUACCAAUGUCAAGUAAGCUUCUAUUACAGUCACUUAGAGGAAGGUUCCCAUAUAUUACUCAUGGAACUCAUACGCAUGAAGUUUAUAUUUAUGCAUUAAUUCAAAUAUUAGAAUACGCACCUCAAUUGCGGUCUGAUAUUCUAUCUUUAAUUAUUAACAGAUUAAUGGUGCUAGACGUAAAUAUACCACGUUUAGAAAUAGAAGAUGAAGAUGAAGAUAUGAUAGACGAUAAUGAAUGUGAUAACAUUGGUAAUGAAAAUAAUAUUGUUGAAGAAAACAACGAAACAGAAACAGAUAAAAUACAUCCAAUAGCUCAUAAAUUGGAUGUUUGUAUGGAACUGAUUCUGAAAUACAUGCAUGAUUCCUGCUUCAUUCAGGAUGUUUUGCAAAUAGAAUCUUUAAAGAGUCUUUAUUUUGACGUAUUACGUAUAUUUGAAACAGUAAUAUUACCUACUCAUGCGAGUCAAUACGUCCAGUAUAUUAUGUUCUAUAUUUGUAGUUUUAAAACAGCUGUUGUGGAGGCUUUUAUAGAUUGGUUGUGGCGUAAAGCAUCUGAUCCUAAUGUACCUUGUAUUAUACGGCAAUCAUCGGUGGCAUACAUAGCUAGUUUUCUAGUUACGGCCAAAUUUGUCACUGCCGGGCUAGUGAAAGCAGUGCAGUUUAAAAUGUCUAAAUGGAUACACGAUUACAUCAACAUGCAAGAUUACUCAAAGUACAUAGACGAUGAAAAUAAGGAACACACUGUAUUUUAUUCCGUUUGUCAAGCAUUAUUUCUCAUAAUUACUAAGAGACAUAAUGAUUAUCCAGAUUCUAAAAAAUAUAUGAAGUAUUUACAAGAACUGGAUUUAGCAAAAAUAAUAACAUGUAAAUUGAAUCCUCUGAAAGCUUGCCAUCCCGAGAUCGUACAUAAUUUUGCAGAAAUUACACGAAUGUAUCAAUUGGCAUACUGUUACACGAUAAUUGAAAAUAAUACGCGUAGUCAACUUCCGCUUUUUAACAGUAAUAAAACUGUAACAACUACGGUAGAAAACUUUUUCCCAUUUAGUUCGUAUACGUUAAAGCGAAGUGGACAAAGGUUAAUUCUUCUAUGUCAUGAAAAUAUUACUAGCAGUGAAUACAAAUCUAUUUCUGAAUACAGAGAAGAUGUUGAAUACAUGACUGAAUAGCAGAUUUCACUUUUCAAAUUCAAAUCAUAUUUGUAAUCAUCUUUCGAAUAAAUUAAAUAUUUAUAAAGUGA